UUUUCGUCCAUUCGCACUUCCUACGACCCACCAUGGACGGCGGAGGAGGCAACAGAGCGGAAGCCGAGCGCUGGCUCUACACGGCCAACAAGCUCCUGAGCGCACGUGACUUGCAUGGGGCUCAGUCCUUCGCGAUCCGGGCGCGUGAAUCCGACCCAACGUUCGAUGCGUCUGAGCUCCUCUUGACGGUGAUUGACACGCUCCUCGCCGGCGAAACGCGGAUCAACGACCAGCACCGCGACUGGUACGGGAUCCUUCAGAUCCUCCGUUACUCCACCAACAUCGACCACAUCGCAGCUCAGUACCACCGCCUCGCCCUACUCCUCGACCCGCACCGUAACCCCUUCGCCUUCGCCGCACACGCCUUCUCCCUCAUCCACGAUGCCUGGUCGGUCCUCUCCAACCCCGCCAAGAAGGCCAUGUACGACGCAGACCUCCGGUUGCUCACCUCCACUCCUCCGCCGGCGCCGGCCGCGACACAGCACCACCAUCACCAGCACCACCAGCAUAAUCCCCUGACGCAAGCUCAGCCUCAGUCUACGCCGAGGAGAAACCCUAGAUCUAAGGACGCUGCGAGCGGGGCGAGCGAUCCGAAUGUGCAGAAUCGGACAGCGGCCGAGUCAGCUCGGCAGACUCGGACGGCCGUCGCUGCGGCCUCGAACGACGCGGCGGCAACGGAGUCGAGUUUCUGGACCUCGUGUCCUUAUUGUUACGUUCUGUAUGAGUACCCUAGGGUUUACGAGGAGUGCACCCUGCGGUGCCAGAGCUGCCGCAGGGGGUUCCAGGCGGUGGUGAUAAGGUCGCCGCCGCUGAACGGAAAGGACUCAUCGUUCUGCAGCUGGGGUUUUUUCCCGUUGGGAUUUUCGCAGGAUUCAAAGGACAUUAACGGGUUUUCUUCCAAUUGGAACCCAUUUUCGCCGCUGUUCCCCUGCCCCUUAAAGGGGUCCAAUCGGAGGAAGGCGUCUUGGACUUACUAUGACGACGAAGCCGCUGCGGCAUUUGUGGAGCUUUCAGAUCCCAGCGAGGAUGAUUCUGAUGAUGGAGAUUGGAGAACUGGUUCUAAGAAGGCGAGGAAGAAGUCAAGAGUUUCUACAAGAGAUCCCGGUUCUUCACCGAGGAAGGCUGGGAGACCUAGGAAGGUGAUUCCGGGUAGUGCACAGCAUCAGAAUGUGGGGGGUGGGGCUGUGGAUGGUGGCGGUGGAGGUGGUGGGGCUGCAGGGGCAAGUGGUGGAAGGCCAGAGUCUAGUAAGAAGGUUGCAUUGGGUGGUUCGAGGAGGAGGGGUGGAGGGAACUUGGACUUGAAUGUGGAGUUCAGUAAUGACCCGGAAGAGCCUUCUCGUCGCGUAGGCGUCCGUGAAGGGAAUGCUGCUGGGAAUGCUGAGGAUAACAUGGAAGGGAUUGGGUUCUUUGAGGGACUUGAUGAGUUCCUCAGUAGCUUGCCCAUUCUCAAUGUUGUGGCAGAUGAUAAGGCUAAGGGUAAUUAGUCUUAUAGAUGCAUGUUUGUUGUAGAAUGUAGAUGUUACUUGUAUGUUUGCACUUGUCGCACAAAAUGAUGCUGAGCCUGUUGCGAAUUCAUGUUAUUGUUAAAUUAUAUAAUAAUUUGCGGCAGCAACUCCUUUACUUUUGUUUACAACUAUUUGAGGAGAAUUGCUUAAUGUAGAUUGUGAUCAUAGUACUGCGUCUUAAGUUGAAUGAUAUUUUGACAAUGCUGAUUGAUGUUUUAUUCAAA